AUGGAAACGCCUGCGAAACGGUCUCUUCCCCUUUACAAGUGUGCUACCUUCGAUGCUCUAGACAUUAUGCGGCAGAUUGACGCCGCUUUGAGCUUUGCGGAGUACUAUCACGUGAUUCCAGCAGUGGCACUCGCGCCGCAAACUCAAGUUGCGCUCACGAACUAUCACAUCUCCAGACCAAAAUCAGUCAAGCUGAUCGCAUUCUCUACAAGCUUCCUGGAACAGACAAAAUGGCUGACGGUAUUGAUCGACGAACGGAUGAUUUGGGCUAACGGCGCAAAUUCAGACAGGCUGGAGUUCAGCACCUCGAAGGAGGUCACGGUUGCCCCGACCUUCGAGGAUAUGCACCUGAAGGAAAGCUUACUUCGUGGUAUUUAUGCUUACGGCUAUGAAUCCCCCUCCGCCGUCCAGUCCCGAGCAAUUGUCCAGAUUUGCAAGGGUCGUGACACGAUCGCUCAGGCGCAAUCUGGUACUGGUAAGACUGCCACAUUCUCGAUCGGUAUCCUGCAAGUCAUCGACACUGUCGUGCGCGAGACACAAGCUCUGGUCCUUUCGCCGACUCGCGAACUUGCGACUCAGAUUCAGUCGGUCAUUAUGGCCUUGGGAGAUUACAUGAAUGUACAAUGCCACGCUUGCAUUGGAGGCACAAAUAUUGGCGAGGACAUUCGAAAGCUGGACUACGGCCAGCACGUUGUUUCGGGUACACCGGGUAGAGUUGCGGACAUGAUCCGUAGACGCCACCUGCGCACCCGGCAUAUCAAGAUGUUGGUUCUUGAUGAGGCUGACGAACUUCUGAACCGCGGUUUCCGUGAACAAAUCUACGACGUCUACCGCUACCUCCCUCCCGCUACACAGGUCGUUGUCGUUUCCGCCACUCUCCCCUAUGACGUCCUGGACAUGACGACGAAAUUCAUGACUGACCCCGUCCGCGUUCUGGUCAAGCGUGACGAGUUGACCCUGGAAGGCAUCAAACAAUACUUCAUCGCUGUUGAGAAAGAAGAGUGGAAGUUCGAUACCCUUUGCGACCUCUACGAUACCUUGACCAUCACGCAGGCCGUGAUCUUCUGCAACACCCGCCGGAAGGUCGACUGGCUUACUGAUAAGAUGCGCGAAGCCAACUUCACAGUAUCCAGCAUGCACGGCGAAAUGCCCCAGAAGGAGCGUGACAGUAUCAUGCAAGACUUCCGCCAGGGCAACUCUCGUGUCCUCAUCUCGACCGACGUUUGGGCUCGUGGUAUCGACGUUCAGCAAGUCUCGCUUGUCAUCAACUACGACCUACCCACCAACCGUGAGAACUAUAUCCACCGUAUUGGUCGAAGUGGUCGUUUCGGAAGAAAGGGUGUCGCCAUCAACUUCGUCACAAGCGAUGAUGUGCGCAUUCUCCGUGACAUUGAAUUGUACUACUCUACCCAGAUCGAUGAGAUGCCUAUGAAUGGUAAGUCCUCCGACUUCACUCGCUUUCCACUUAUGGCACAACGAUAUACUUACUCUUGUCUAGUCGCUGAUCUCCUUUCAUAA